AUGGCGGAGUUGAUGGGAUCACGGGCAUACUGCUGCUUUAGGUGCCAGAACCUUGUUGCUUUCCAUGAUGAUAUUGUUUCCAAAGAUUUUCAGGCUAGCAAUGGCAGAGCUUUUUUAUUCUCUCAUGCAAUGAACAUUAUUUUGGGUCCUAAGGAGGAUAGGCAUCUUAUCACUGGUCUCCACACAGUGGCUGAUGUGUAUUGCUCCGAUUGUGGAGAGGAACUUGGCUGGAAAUAUGUUAAAGCUUACGAGGAAACACAGAAGUACAAAGAAGGAAAAUGCGUGCUAGAGAAGUUCAAGAUAGUCAAGGGAAACGGAUAG